AUGCCGUCGUCGGUUGUAAGUCACGCGCGCUCCACCGCGUCUGGCGUGCAUGGGGGCGGUGUGCGAAGUCGUAAGGUGGAUGAUCGCCUCAUGUCGCUUCUUGAGUACUUGCCUAGUCGAAAGCACCGCGGGAUGAUUCUUUUGGUGGGGGACAGGGCCAGGGAGCAGAUCGUCAAUCUCCACCUGAUGGUCUCCCGCGCGAACCACAACGCGAAGGUGAAUGUGCUGUGGUGCAUGAAAAAAGAGCUCGAGUUCGGUUCGACCAGCCAGAAGAAGCUUGAGCGACGUGGUCGGCUUGAGGUGAAAGGGGGCAUGGCCACCGAGUCCACCAAGGAGGCUUUCCAGACCUUUCUCGCCCAGACCCCAAUCCGGUUUUGCAAGUACGCCGAGACGCACAAGAUUCUCGGCCAGACCUUCGGGAUGGCCGUUCUGCAGGAUUUCGAGAGCAUCACCCCCAACACCCUCGCGCGGGCGGUGGAGACGGUGAAGGGGGGGGGAGUGGUGGUGUUGAUGUUCCGCGCGAUGCAGUCCCUGCGGCAGCUUUACACCAUUGUCAUGGACGUCCACGCGCGCUACCAAACCGAGGCCCAGCGCGUCGUCGUCCCGCGCUUUAACGAGCGCUUUUUGCUCUCGCUGAUGGACUGCGAGACGGCGCUCUGCCUAGACGACGACCUCAACGUGCUGCCCAUCACGCAGCGGAUGCGGGGAGGGGGGGGCGGGUUGGGCUCGCGCGAGGACCCGGCGCUCGUCCUCCAGGGCCGGCUCCGGCAUGAGGCCGAGCUCGCCCAGCUGAAGGAGCGAAUCGCCCCAAGCGCGGCGGUGGGCCCACUGGUCCAGCGCUGCCAGACGAUCGACCAGGCCAAGACGGUCCUCGCCCUUAUGCAGGCGGUUGCAGCGAAGCAGCUCGACGCGACCUGCGUAGUGACCGCCGGGCGCGGGCGUGGAAAGUCCGCCGCCCUCGGGCUCGCCGCCGCGGGCGCGAUUGCCCAGGGCUACAGCAAUAUCUUUUGCACCGCGCCGUCGCCGGAGAACUUGCAGACCUUCUUCGAGUUCGCCGUCCGCGGGCUGAAGGAUUUUGGCUAUGUCGAGACCACCCACUUCGAGGUCCUCCAGAGCACCAACGAGGACUUUGCCCGCUGUAUUAUUCGCAUCCAAGUCUUUAAAGAGCACCGGCAGACCAUUCAGUUCGUCUUGGCCACCGACGCGGAGACGUUUGCCCAGGCGGAGCUCGCGAUCAUCGACGAGGCCGCCGCGUUGCCGCUGCCCGUGGUGAAGCGGAUGUUGGGGCCGUAUUUGAUUUUUUUGUCCUCGACCAUCUCGGGUUAUGAGGGGACGGGCCGGAGCCUGUCAAUGAAGCUGAUCGCCGACAUGCGGAAAGGGAGCGGCGGGGGGGGUUCUCGCGCGAACGGGGUUUCUUCGGGCGGGCGGCAGCUCAAGGAGAUAGCCCUGCAGGACGCCAUUCGCUACGGCCCGGGCGAUCCACUCGAGCGGUGGCUCAACACGCUGUUGUGUUUGGACGCGACGGAGAAGGCCGUCCCGCUCCGGGCCAGCCCCCAUCCCAACACCUGCGAGCUCUAUUACGUCAACCGCGACGCUCUCUUUUCCUACCACCCCUUCGCGGAGGAGGUCCUACAGCGCAUCGAGGCCCUUUUGGUUGCCGCGCACUACAAAAACCAGCCCAACGACCUUCAGCUCCUAUCGGAUGCCCCCGGCCACCAUUUGUUUGUCCUCUGCUCCGCAAGCCUAGAGGAGGAAGGGCAGGGCCGGACUACCCGGGCGGCGGAGGAUAAGGGGUCCAAGGGGUUUAUCGACAAGGUCCCGGAUAUUUACUGCGUUAUCCACUCCUGCGAGGAAGGACAGGUGAGUGCGGAGACGGUGCGUAAUAAUCUCAGCCAUGGCCUCCGACCCUCGGGGGACCUGAUCCCCUACACGCUAUCGCAAUAUUAUCUUGAGGAGGGGUUCGCGAAACUGGCUGGGAUGCGCGUGGUGCGCAUCGCGACAAGCCCGGAGCUUCAGCGAGCGGGCUACGGCUCACGUUCCUUGGCAUUACUACAGGCGUACUAUUCCGGAUCGAUCGCCCUUACCCCCGCCGUGAGGCCGGCGGAGGCUGCCCCGCCCACGAUGUCGGCCCCUUUCCCUUCUGAGGAUGGGGACGGGACGGACACGCCGCUGCGGCCCCGCGAUCGCGUCCUCAACCUCUUCACGCCAUUGGUGGAGCGCCCGUACGAGGUGCUGGACUACCUUGGCGUGAGCUUUGGCCUGACGACGGAGCUGUUUAACUUUUGGAAGUGCGCCGGCUACGAGGUGCUUUAUGUUCGCCAGGCCACCAAUGACCUUACGGGAGAGCACAGUUGUGUGAUGGUGCGGCCUAACGAGCUCGACUUGACCCCACUCAAGGAGGAGUUCCGACGGCGAUUUCUUCGUCUUCUGUCCAUGUCCUUCAGUUCCCUUUCGACGGAACUGUGUUUGAGCGUUCUAUCGGACCUUAAAGUGCACGACGCCAAGAAGUUGUUCGAGCUCACUGACGCGACGCAGGCAGCGGAGCUCGGUGUCGUACGCGUUGCCGGCGUAUGCCAGGCCAAUUACACAAACCUCACGGAUAUUUUCAGCGCGUCGGAUCUAAAACGCCUGCAGUUGUUUUCCACUUCCUACGUGGAGGGCAGUAAUGUGCUGGACCUCUUGCCGGCGGUCGCCAAGCUGUACUUCGAGCAUCGUCUGUACAAGGCACCUGAUGGGACGGAGGGCGUCGUUCUCACACACGCGCAGGCCGCUGUGCUGCUUGCGGUGGGGAUGCAAUGCCAAUCCUUGGAGGAGCUUUCUAAGCAGGACGCCUUUGCCAGCGUCCCGGUACCCCAGCUCCGCGCAUUUCUCCAGAAGGGUCUUUCUCGUCUGAUAGAGCAUUUUAGCACUCUUCAGCGGCUUGAUAAUGCACACACGAAGCGCAGUCGCGAGGAUGGUGCGAAUAAUGCCAACGAGGAUGAGGAAGUGUGUGAGAUCAAAGACGUGAGUGGGAAAGUCGUGGGGCUUAGCGUGGCCAAGAAAGUAAAGAAACAUAUCAAUGUGGACACGAUGUUGCUGCGAGAUUCGUCGGUGACUGGUGUCAUUGCUCAAAAGACGCCAUCUUCAUCACUGCAGGAAGUUUUCCACCGCCCUAAAAAGGGCUCCCGGCACCGAUGA